AGAGCAGAGUCGACCAGUUGAGCUUUUGCUGCGAUCGCGUGCGGCUGGCUCGGGGUCUCGUCUCUGGGUUUUGUCAUUGCUAUUGCCUUUGGUAGAGUACUGUUGCGCUGCCCGUAGCGCCGACUUUCCGCGUGUGCUUCCACAUAUCUCUCGCCGCGUCCAUAUGUAUUUGAAUAUCUCUAUAAAUGUCUGUGUGUUGUUCACCGCGGCUCUGAACGCCCCUCUCUCUCUUUCUGUGUGUGCCAAGCCAAUGCCAGAGACCGCGUCAAACGGCCCACCGAAAAACGAAAAAAAAAAAAAAUAAUAAUAAUAAUAACAAACAGCAACAACCCAGCAGCAAUAUUAUUCCGAAAAUAUUAUAAUUUUUGGCCAGUUUUUUGAUACGUUCAUUUUGAUUGGUUUUUGUGAUAUUUAAAUUUUAUAUUCCAAAAAAGAAGAAAGCUGUAAAAAUUCCACUAAAAUUAUAAUUGUUCUUAAUUAACAGUUAAUUACUAAAGAGUGUGUAUGUAACCAAUUUUUUUGUAUAGAAAAAAAACCUAUAGAAACAAUUGUUUUAAAUAAAAUGUAUUUUGCUAUAGAAAAUGUGUCUAUAUAUUACAUAUCAUAGUAUACAAAAUCUAAAGGAAGAUAACACAAACGAUUGCACAAAAUAUUAAUCAUUUUUAAUUGAAUGUUAACUGCUAUAUUGCGUGUGUAUUUUUGUUAAAAUAUAUAAUAUAAACAAGCUUAAUUAGUUCGAUUUUUUUUUAAAUGUUAUAGAUCUGAUAAAUUUACAAUUAAAAGUUAACUGCUACAAGUAUUAUUUUCAAACUUAAAAUUCUUAUCAAAAAUCUAAAAAAUGGUUAACUAAAGUGGUUUAUUUCUGUAUAAAAAAAUAUAAAAUAAAUACUAAAACAAGUUUCACAUCAAUUUGAAUACAAAAUGAAAUUAAACUAGUAGAUGUUGCAGACUAAGAAGUUAAAAAACAAAAUAACAUUGAUGUUAUCUAAAGAGCAAUUUCUAGCCCUAACAUUUUUAAUCAAAAUCAAUUAUUUGCAUCAGAUUUUUUUUUACUGUGUGUUUUUUUUGUAAGUUAAAUACAAAUUUCGAAAGAAUCAAGUGGCAUGUUGGGGAAUCUGCAAUAUGUUGCUGCUGUUGAUGUUGCUGCUGUUUCGUGUUGCUGCUGUCAUUGUAAAGUGUGUUAAUUGAAGCACGCGCCAAAGCCCCCAAGAGAGAGAGAGACGGCAAGAGUCGGAGAGAAAGAGAGGGGAGAGAGAGUGAGGGGGAGAGAGGACAUGAGACAGCAGACAGAACUCUUAUACUAAAUGACUGAAAUAGCGAACUGACUUUUGCACCGAAAAUCCGAGUAUUUAUGUAAACAUUUACACACUACAUAUAAAAGCGACGACGUCAAUGAGAACGCCCAACCACCAGCCCCCCGCCCAAAUAAACCCCAUCCAAAUUGAGUGCUACGCAAUUUGGGAGCAACACCCACACCCACACCCACCUCCACACCCACCCAACACCCCAAUCGCCCACCCCCCGUCCACAAAAUUGAAUGUGAAUUAUAUAAUUGAAGAGCAGCACCUUCAGAAAUCGUGUUCACUUGCGUACGACCAGCGAAUUCGGCAAUUGAAGCUCAUUAAGUAGCCAAAAAUGGAACUAAAUCACCACUCCACCCUCCCCCUCCCCUCCCCCCACCCCGCUUUAAUUGGCGCUUGAUCGUUUCAAUAACAUCCGCCCAACCACCCACAUCUCGAGGCCCAAAACCGUAUCCGAAUCCAAAACCGAAUCCCAAAGCCAAAAUCCAUUCUGUGCGUCAAUGGCACACAGCAAAAAAAAAAAAAACAGAGGAUAAAUUUGGGUGGCAUUACUAGAACCAUAUUUAUCCAGCACACAAAAACCAAGUGAUAAAUUCAAUUGGGAAUAAUCAAUUAUUGGGGUAGCAGCUUUGCAUUGUAGUUUUUUAUAUAAAAUGUAUGCAUAGCUUCCAAAAACUUAACCAUUUAUGUUACUUAAAUCCUUCAGUAUUGCCUAUUAUUCUCUAAAAUAAUCUUUGGAAUAGAUGUUUUGAAAUUUGUUGUUUUAGUGAAACAAAAUUACAUUUUGGACUUGAGAUUAAUACAUGUUUAUAUUCUUAAUUUUAAUAUUAAAAUAAUAUUUUACUUCUUGACAUGGAAUAUAUACAGAUAUGUAAGCUAAUAAUUGUUUAUUAAUGCUAAUUAAUUAAUUUAUUAAUUUAAUGAAUUGUUCAAUUCUUUUGACUGAUAAGAGAUCAAAUCUAUUGCUAAUUGUAGUUCUUUGUAGAUUUUUGUUUUUCAAAAUACCAGUUUCAUUUUUUUGAAUCAACUGUAGAAUUUUCUAUUCCAGAUAAAUCUAUAAUUAUAAUUUUUCAAUACCAGUUCCAAAUCGAUUUAAAAAGCCAUCAAAACAUUUUCCAGUGGUCGAAUAGAAGAAGAGAAACAGAGACUCACACUCAGAGAAACGGAAAGAGUGAAGGUGAUAAAGAGCGGAGAGGGAGGUUGACAGCAAAUUGUUUACUUUAUUAAUUUUAAGCUUUUGGUAGUUAAAAAAAAAAAAAAAAGAAAGGCUGAGAGAAAUUGUUAUGCGAAUGUGAAUGGCGUGCAUUAAGCGUGUAGUGCCCAUUUUUGAGAGUGGGUGGUGCUGUUAAUUUAAAGGAGGGAGGGCGUCUUUAGGGGGGUGGUAUCCAAGUGGGGGUGGCAUUACGUACCCCCCCCCACCCCCCACAUACUCACAUACCAAGCACACGAUCUAAUGUAUCUAUAUGCAUAGUACAUAGCGCGAUAUAUCGAGUCGUUAUCGUCGACGUCGGUUUUAUAUGUUUUUGUUGCUUUUGCCAUUACCAUAGCCAUACAUUGUUGUUGUUGUUGUUGUUGCUGGUGUUGACGGCAUCGAAGAUUGUACAAUUGUUUUUAUUAGAUAACGAGCAAAUUGGUAUUUAAGAACGGAUCGCAAUUCGAAACCAAGCCCAUUUAGAUAUAUAAAUUUAUGCAAAGAUAAUAGUAAGAAUAUAUCCUCACAGGUGAAUAAAACAGGAAUAGAAAACUAAUAUGCAAUUAUACAAAUUGAAAGAAUCUUGAAUAUAUAUGCACAUUGGUUUCAAUCUUUAAUUGCGUAUUGCUUCUUGGAAAUUACUGUUAAUAUAUUCAAGUAGCAAGUAGCAUUAAAUAACGAAAUAUCACACAUACGUCAUGUAUGGCGGAUCUAUUAAUAACAUGAAAGAAGCAAGUAAACAAGGGGUAAAACCAAAUUAGAUAAAGGGAGUAAGAAAAGUUUCACCUAACAUUAGUAUAUCAGAUAAUACUUUAUAUUUAUUCACUGAAAUCUUGUAUGUACAUUGCAUUGGGAACUUUAGUGUAAAGAUACAAAAAAAUCGCUUAAUUUCAGUUGAACUUGGAUCACCCAAGUAUAUAGUCAAACAUUAUAAAAUAGAGCCCUUAGUACUUAAAUACUUUGAGCCCUUGUUAGACAAAUAUACACUUAACUACGAUCUCUAAAAGAUCUUGAAGUACUAGACGAAUUGGAACUCUUAAUGUUAUGUAAAUGAAUAUAACUCAUAACUAGAGCUUUUCCUUUUUAACUUUGUGAUCUUUGGAUUAUAAGUUAAUAACAAUUUUUCCGAUAAAAUAUAUUACAUUUUUGACUGAUUUGCUAAAUCGGAAACACCUGAAACUUAGUCACUUUGAUGAACCUUAAAUUUAGAAAGCAAUCUUGAAUUAAUAGCCAAAGGUUGACAAACCAGUGAAUGUUCUGGAAGAGCUGAUACACUGGAAACCCUUGUCCCACUUACAUACACUUAGUAUUCAAGCCCUUGCAAUGGCAACCCUUGACUUGGGUUGGAAUUAGAUAAGCCAAAUAUAUAGUAGGCGAUCGCUAAGUAGUACCCUAGGCGCUAAGAUCUAUUGUUGAUAUGGGGAGUACCAAAGUUCUCCAGAGAGCAGAGCCAAGGUUUCCAAGCCUUGUUGCAGUUGCUGAUGUUGCUGGCGUUGCUCGUGUUGCUGUUGCUGGUGUUGCUGUUGCUGGUGUUGCUGUUGCUCGUGUUGCUGUUGUUGCUGUUGCUAUUGUUUCUGGUGAUAUUGCUGUUGUUGCUUCGUUAUCGCCUCGCGACGACGGCGUCAACAUUUGCAAAUGACGUCAAAUGUUAUAAAGAAAUUUCAGUUCGUAUAUGUUUGUAUAUAUGGCCAGAGAGAUAUAUACCUAAAUGUGUUGUAUGUACAUACAUAUGUAUAUAUAUUCGGAUUCGGUAUUGUUGCUGUUGUGCACUGGCGUAACUGGAUAGCCGCGUCGCUGGCAUUUCCAUUAUUAUCAUAAUGUGCUGUUCGAUUUGGGUUUCGGAUUGGAUUGGAUUGCCUUGCCCGACUCUGGGCGGUUUCGCUUGUGGUUGCUGGUUGGUGGUUGCUAGUUGCUGGUUGCUAGUUGCUGGUUGCUGGUUGCUGCUAGGUGUUGCUACUUGCUACUUGUUGGCUGGUGUUGCCAGUUGCCAGUUUCCCCGUUUUGCCAGCUUCUAGCUUUUGGAUGCCGCAGAUGGAGCUGCCAAGAUGCCAACACGCUCCAACAAUGCCUACUUAGUUUCUAUAGUCUGUCUUUCCUUUUUUUUUCACUUUUGCGGACUGUGUUACAUGGCACAUACAUAUGUAUGUAUUAAAUUUAAUCAAUUUUGAUUGAUGUGUGCGCAUUACAGCCGCAGUAACAGCAACAACAACAUCAGCCACAUAUAUAAACCCAAAAGCAGUCAAAGGCCAAAAACCCAGCUGCAACGAAGCGAUAAUACCCUGAUCGGAAAAAGGGAUUCUUAUUGCACUUCUGCAUUCUGAAGGUAUUUGCCUUGAAACUCUCUUAAUAAAGAAGAAAUACCAAUGGGGAAGUUCGCAUUAUAAGCCCCUCAAAAAGUCCCUUCCGAUGAGACAUUCUUUAACAAGAACAAUGAGUAAUCAUGGGUGGGCAGCAUCAUUCAACAGUGAGAAAAAAACUUUUUUGUAUACCUAAAAUCCCGUAAAGUCUUUUUCAAAUUCAUUUGUCUUUUAUGAACAUUAAAUUCAUACAUCUUUUUAAUGAUGUGUACUUGAUUGAUUUAUCUCUAGAAAUUGUUAAAACUUGAUAAAGAUCUGUUUUAGAACUAGCUUUUUUGUGUCACAAAACCCAUCUCUUUUUUUAAAUAAAUCAUUAUUGUGCUCAUCUAGUUUUAAAGACAUCAAAAAGCUAGCGGAUUGUUAGAACUUUUGGGGACUAAAACUGAUUUGUGUAAGGGUUUCAGAAGUAUCACUCUUUGAUUGAAGGGUAUUUGAAUGGCAGAAAGGCCUACUGAAAUUACUGAUGCGGUUUUUAGGCGCGAACGGGUUCGCAAAUGCGCAGAAAUCAAAAUGCAGCCCCAGCUCUCCAGCUCUCCAACUCUCUGACUUCGGCAGCGGCUUCUCAAUCUCAAUCUCGAUCUCUAUCACAAUCUCAAUCUCCGAUUUUCGAUACCCAAUUGCAGACGUAGUUAGACACUCGCCAUAAAGUACCACUGAUGCACUUAAGCGAGUGCCGUGGGCCAGAUUCCAUGUAAGAUGUCCGUGUGCGCCCUCAGCCAGCCACAGUCGCAGUCGCAACCGCCGAAUCCCAAUCCAAAACCGAAUCCCAAUCCCAAUCAAAAUCAGAAGCAGAAGCAAAAGAGCCAGAUACCGAGAUUGCCGGCCUUGGCAACCGGAAACGGAAACGGAAUUGGCAAGCUAAAGGGUUCCAUAACGCCACCCACUCAGCCACCCUCGCCGCAGGUGAGGAUCUACGAGGACUUCGACAGGAUGAGCGCCAAGGAGGUGUACUACAAUGAGGCAGGCAAGAAGGUCACCGUGAAACUGCUCCACUUUCCCGACGUUCCGCCCGAGGAGAUAUCCAAGCUGAAGUUCGAGGAUGACGACGAUGACGAUGAGGAGGAGGAUGGGAAUGGGGAUCUCGAUCCCGAUGGCAAGGGUGAUGGCGAUGAGGCCGAUGAGGAUAGCGAUACCGGGCGGAAACCCAAUUCGGGGGGCAGUGAAACGGAGACGCAGAAGGGUCAGCCAGAGGCAGGUGCCACGCCCAGCUCCUCGAAGAAGAUCUUCCGCCGGAAACUCUCGGGAAACAAUAUGCAGCCCCGGAAAUGCAGCCUCGCCUUUGCCCAGGCCCACGGAAUCCGUCAGCGGGCGGAGAAGAAGCUAUCGAUGCCCACCAUCAGCAUCACGGCCAAUUCGGGUGACCAUGUGGCCCACAACUGUGGCCUGGGACGCCUUGGCCUGGGCCGGAAGCUAUCGCAGCAGCACUCGCUGCCAAUGGGGUCACCCACCUCGCCCAUUGCGACGCACAUGGGUCCCAGGCGAUCCCAUUCGCCACUGGGCCAGAGCCUCUGCCCCGGCUACAUCCAGUACUCCAAGUCGCUGCUGGAGGUGCCCAUGCCGCGGGACUACGGCUACGCCAGCAGCGACGAUCUCAGCUCCGAGUGGGACUCCGACGUGUCCACCUCGGCGGCCGGCUCGGCCACAGGAUCCGGCUCCUCAUCUCAGGGAACCGCAGCCAAGAAGAGCUCCGGCUGGCGGAAGAUCCGCAACAUCGUCCAGUGGACACCCUUCUUCCAGACGUACAAGAAGCAGCGCUAUCCAUGGGUCCAGCUGGCCGGACACCAGGGCAACUUCAAGGCGGGUCCCGAGCCGGGCACCGUGCUCAAGAAGUUGUGUCCCAAGGAGGAGGAGUGCUUCCAGAUCCUCAUGCAGGAUCUGCUGAGGCCCUACGUCCCCGUUUACAAGGGCCAGGUGACCAGCGAGGAUGGCGAACUCUACCUGCAGCUCCAGGAUCUGCUGAGUGACUAUGUGCAGCCGUGCGUGAUGGACUGCAAGGUGGGUGUGCGCACCUAUCUGGAGGAGGAGCUGUCCAAGGCCAAGGAGAAGCCCAAGCUGCGCAAGGACAUGUACGACAAGAUGAUCCAGAUCGACGGCCACGCCCCCACCGCCGAGGAGCACGCGGCGAAGGCGGUGACCAAGCCGCGCUACAUGGUCUGGCGGGAGACCAUCUCCAGCACGGCCACGCUGGGAUUCCGCAUCGAGGGCAUCAAGAAGAGCGAUGGCACCAGUUCCAAAGAUUUCAAAACGACGAAGUCACGCGAACAAAUCAAGUUGGCCUUUGUCGAGUUCCUCAGCGGUCAUCCCCACAUUCUGCCCCGCUAUAUCCAACGUCUGCGCGCAAUACGCGCCACCUUGGCCGUUUCGGAGUUCUUCCAGACCCACGAGGUCAUCGGCAGUUCCCUGCUCUUCGUCCACGACCAGACCCACGCCAGCAUCUGGCUGAUCGACUUCGCCAAAACGGUGGAGCUGCCGCCCCAGCUGCGGAUCGAUCACUACUCCGCCUGGAAGGUGGGCAACCACGAGGAUGGCUAUCUCAUCGGGAUCAACAAUCUCAUCGAUAUCUUUGUGGAGCUGCAGGCGAACAUGGAGGCGGAGGCGGAGGCAUCCUCCAUUCCCAUCCCAUCACCAGUUUCUGGCGAGGAUCAGGAGGAACGGGAGGAACGUGAGGAGUCGGGAGAGGACAAACCCUGAUGGGGUCUCCUCCAUUUCCAGGGGGGAGUUUGGGGCUGGGCCCCAAAAGAAAAAAGACAUUUCCACUUCCCGAAUCGAUUAAUCCCCAAAUUCCUAGUCUAAGCUAACUAUUUUUUUUUUUGUUUUUUUACGACAGUUUGCGUACAUACAUUUAACCCCUUAAGUUUAAAAUCAAAGACUGAAAACACAAUAUGCAUACAUACACAUAUGUAUUUCUACUAUAUGAUACAUAUAUAUAUAUAGGAAAUAUAUAGCUUAUACAUUAUGUAUACAUUAUGUGCUGCUGCUGCAACCGCUGUUCUGUAGUGUAAUUUAUUUAUCCCCAAAAUGCACUUUUGGCCAAUCUUCGAGAGACCCGAAUAGUUGGUGGACAUCUGCGGGCAUUCAAAACUGUCGAUCGUAACGAUGACGAUACGAAAAGUUACUGAGAACACCCAACGCGCAACAAGAGCUUAGUUUUAAUUAUUAAUAUGCUGGUUAUGCGACUACCUACUAAAUACUACUAAUUGUGCACUAUUAAAUUCAGUUAAACCAGAAAA